AUGUCGCCCAUCAUCUUCCAGUGCUUGGUCGUCCCCUUCCUGGGUGGCGAAACUGACACGAAAAUUGUCCGGGAGAAUCUAGAGAAGCUCAAGACGGCCCUAGUGGUUUAUGAGGCACGUCUGUCCAGGUUCGAGUACUUAGCCGGAGACUUUGUCAGCCUGGCUGAUAUCAACCAUUUCCCGGCGGCUUACUACCUGCUUGGCGGGUCCCACGCGUCAGUGCUUGAUGCAUAUCCGCAUGUCAAGGCUUGGCUUGCUGAGGUAAUGGACAGGCAAAGCGUGAACAAGGUCGUAGAGCUUAUGAAGCUGCCAUCAGCCUAA